AUGUGCAAAUACACAAUCUACACCCUGGACUGUGGCCAUGCAGCUGAAGACCAUGUCGAUUCAAAGGACUGCCCUUACUUCCAGAAGACCGACGUAGCCUGCGACCGCGACAAUCCUGCAAACCGCAACCGCGUCAGCAUCAAAUCCGAGGAUCGAAAUGGCCUCUGUAACAAUUGUCGCCGCCGUCAACGCGAGAUCGAUGAGUUGAAGGCUAUCAGCCGAGAUCAAGAGCGGGAGAAACAGCAAAAGUUGGCAGAGGCCGAGGAGGCGAGAAAAGCAUCCAAAGCACAUGAAGAGAGAUUCCUCAAAGAUGCGGCUGAGGAGUACGCGAGGAUACAGCGUGAACAAGAGCAAAAAGAUAUCGAGCUCGCGCUGCAGCAGUCAAGAGAGGCCGCCAAGGCCGCUGAGGCUGCCAGGCUGAAGCAGGAACAAGAAGAUCUAGCGAGAGCGCUCAGAGAGUCACAACAGAACGUUACUCUCGAGAAGAAGGCAAGUCAUUAACCACGUGACGGCUGUAUGCUUUUGCUAACUCCCAUCCCUAGACCCCAACACAAUUACCUUCGCCACCCGCCACACCCGUUCGCACGGCCAGACCACGACCUGCCGAAAAGCCAGCAGCCCCUGUUGACUUCAGUAAGCCAGCUGGUCAGCAGUCGGGCUCCAUCGGUCAUUACACCAUAGGGGGUCGACGUGCGCCAAUCCAUGAUUCUCAGAAAGAGAAAGCCACUUAUUUCGAAAUGAGCUCACCCGCCACACCUCAGACACCUGCAGCACCUGUUGCCCGUCUAGGCGGUGGAAUCCAACCCAGCUCCCCAAGUCCACGUCAAAUGCCCUCGAUGCAAGCCUCGCCCAUGCCUGGCGGUGAUUUCAGGGCUGGUCUUCGACGAACUGCCGGUCCUCGAAAAUCUCUGCCUGCACAGGUAGUGGUCGACGAUGGCUCGGAGCUGCAAGCUCAUCUGGCAAGGCGGCGAACGAUGGAGAAGGUUUCUGUUGAGGACAUGAUGGCUGCUUAUUCAAUCACUCCGUCCGAGUCUGUAUCGAAUAGACAGUCGCGCGCGAGUAGUCCCACAGGUUCCAAUGUCAGUAGGGUCAGUCGAGUAAGUGCUCCUCGUAACGACAGCGUCUACGGAGACGUUGAGCUACCGAGUGCCUUGGAUGAGCAGCGGAGAAAGGGUUGGAGGAAAGAUUAAGAUUGGUUCUACAUUCUUAGCAAGAUUGGACGUGUUUGAAUAGCUUUGUAUAAUUUCCCUCAGCCAUAUAUGUAUAAUGUAGCGACGAUUCUGAAUGUCAUGAUGUUAAAUCU